UGGUCACCCUUCUAUUCACUGUAGAGCUCCGUGCCCUCCACGUCCACGAGUUGAGCUCUCUCCGGCUCCGGCGUUUUCUGUCGCUCCACCCCUUAGGAAUAGCUCGGAGCCCCACCCCUCUCUCUGUGCGCCCGUCCUGUCCGAUCGGUCGGCACUCUCCUCCCCCCUCCGUCCGUCCUUUUCAUCGUCUCCUUCUACCAGGAGCACGUUUUACCUUUUCCUGGCACCCAUCUAUUUUGUGGACAGGGUCCCUCUCUUCACUCCAAUCAUACUCACUAAAUCGUUAUUCACAAAACAUCAACGUUGGCACAGGUUGAAGAAAAGCUGACGUUAAAGAAAACAGAGUCGUUGACCAUCCUGGAUGUCUGUGUGCGUAUCACCGCUAGUACAAGCAACGAUUCUGAUGACAGAAGAGAGUCUGACAUGUCCUCAGUGUCCGAAGUCAUUUUCAAGUACAAAACUCUUGCAACAACAUCAGCAAAUGUUUCAUACCGAUAAAUCUGUACUCCUCUCAUUGAAGUCAACCGAUGCACCAGUGGGAAUGGAUCGAGCAUUCAUAUGUGAAACAUGCGGGAAAGCUUUUCGGUUUCGGUCCAACUUAGCAGAGCAUCGAUCAGUACAUACAGCAUUAAAACCUUAUGUCUGUAAAUUUUGUGGCAAAUCCAGUAGGUUAAAAGGAAAUUUAACAAAACACAUAUUAAAACAUCACAAAAAAGAGCAGAACGAAGCAAUAGCAAAAGAUGAUAUUAUUGUAAAGAAAGCACCAAAAAUAGUAACCAAAGAUAAUGGUCCAACAACAAACGGAUCAACACCAACUACCUCCACUGCAACACCAUCCGUAAUCACAGUAUCUAGUGCAUUAGCGAGUAGCAACGGUCAUAAUAACAACAACAACAAUCAUGCAGUGAACAACAAUCUGAGGACGAUUAAAAUGGAACUCGAAGAUCCGGACUACAAUUUAAUCGCCAAAUCAGCACCGACACCAGUUGUUUCGAAGAUUGUGGCAACACAUACAGUGACACCAAGAUCUAGACCUACGCCAAAAGAUAUCAAAGAGAUUCUGGAGACGAUCGCUCCAUCCGUGGGAGUCUCAGAGACACCUGAGGAGAUGUGCCUUUUGCCAAAAGAUGCUUCAUCUGAAAGUGACAGGUCUGUUCUUAUCAGCCUUGGUUUUGAUUUUGGAUCAACGUUGAGCUUGAAUCACCAACAACUCCAGCAAGUAGUUCGUGAGCUGAAAGGAGAGCUUAGUAUUUCUCCAGACACGGUACAAUCCGAUCAUUCCGACGACUUUGAGCAAGACAGUCCACCACCAAUGGCAAUUGCCAAUAUCAGCACGGUCGGUGGGGAAGCAACGUUGGCAGCAAUGAUUGUGGCCGCUACAAAUGCUUCCGGACAGCGAGGCGAUGGAACUCCGGAUUCCACAGACACUCAAAAGGGAUGCAGUCCUCAACGGGAACUGUCUCCUGAGAGUGAUCCAAGUACAUCAAGUGGUGACUCGUGUCCAUCUCCACCGAAGAUGCUUCAUUGCAAGGAAUGUGGAACGCUUGUUAGGAAGAGUUCUCAUCUCCCGAUUCAUAUGACAAUGAGCCAUGGUUAUCCACCUCCACUUGUAGCAGCUCCAGUUGAAGAGAAGCCAGCUCCAGAACAACCGGUCAAUGCUAGUUCUCUUCAUAAUGAACUCCGAGUCAUCUCAAAUGCCAUCUGUGAGCUCAAGGCCCAACAAGCAGCUACUCCAAGAGUUGAGCAGGCACUAACGUAUAUUGACUCCCGUGUUGGUAAACUUGAGAGGAGCUUGGAGACUGCAUUAAACUCCAUCUACACCCUUGUGCAACUUCAAACCGGAAUGACGAGCAGUGUGAAUCGAUUACGUGAAGAUUCGACAAAGAACUUCUCCGACUUGAAAACAAGAAUGGAAAUGUCGCUGUCACCAAUUAAACCAUUCCAGCAGCGGUUCUCAAGAGAACGAUCGUCGUCGAGCUCAGUAGAAAGGUCACCAUCCCGAGAAAGAUCACGAUCACCCCUGUGAAUUUAGUUACAUAUGUUUUAUUGUUGAUUAGACAUUGAAUAUCGUUAUCCAUUAACCAAUUUUUCUUCCUUACGUUCUCAGAGUCUCUUUUCAAUUGCUCAAUCACUUUUCUAAGUCAGCCAUGCAUUUUCGUUCUGCUCUUCCCGUUGGUGUUUUUUCUAAUCGCUCUCGUCACUAAAUCUCAGUCAACUACCCGAUGUGUCUCAUUAUUAAAUACUCUAGUCACUUUUUUUUUCCAUUUUUGUACUCGAAAUUGAUUCUUGAUGUUUCUUUCUCCCGGAAUGCAUACCUCAUUUCAUUGUUAAGGGUGUGGUGGUGCCGGACACUGUAACCACGGAUAACCCCCCAUUUUGUUGUCACUUAACUUUCCCUCUGAACAAACUUGUAGAAACUGAAUAUCUUCUAUUUGCACCCUCAUCUUUCUAUAAAUCUAUAUCCACUAACAUCCCAGUACUCGAAUCUAGCUUUUAAAUCAAACCCCUCCCAACCAUUACGGAUAAUUGUUUUCAGCAGCAUUUGUUGUUGAUUUGGAAAUGUUUCACUUGAUGAUAACCUCAUGAGCUACUGUACUUAAUAUGAUUUCGCCAGUUUCACUGUUCUAAGUUCCAAACUAAUGUAUCUCAAAAAUGAAAAUCACCUCUAUUUAAAAAUAUUUAUGCGAUAUUCAUUUGUUACUCAUUUUGUCUGUGUGUUGCCAAUUUGUCUUCCUUUUCAGAAUCUCUUACUUAUUUUUCAUGACUUGUUUUGUAAGAAAGAAUUCAAUAAAAUACAUUGAAUAUG